AUGUCAUGUUACGAUAAUAAAAAUCUUGAAUUAAUUUCAUUAAUAUGGCUUGAUAAUAUGGCUGAUGCUACACAAGAAAAUCGAGAAAUUCAAGAUAAACUUCGUUCUGCUGUUAAUUAUCUUCGAACUUUUGAUAACUGCCAAACAUGUGAACAUUAUAUUAGAAAUAUAAUUAAUGAUAAACAAGAUAAAAUUAUUUUGAUUGUUAGUGGAAAAUUAGGUCAAGAAAUAAUCGAUAAAAUUCAUCAUUUAAAACAAAUUAUUUCAAUUUUUGUUUUUUGUUUUGAUAAAGAUAGAAAUGAAUUAUGGGCAAAUAAUUAUAAAAAGAUUCGUGGCGUUAUUGUUACAUUAAGUGAUUUACUAAAACAAAUUGAUCUUGAUCGUAAAAGUGACGAACAAAAAUUAAAUGAAUCGAUCGAUAUAUUUAAAAAUAAAGAUGAAAUCAUUCCACUAUUAUUGCAAAUAGAUUCGUCACCCAUCGAUAAAAGAUCUUUAUUAAAAAUUUGUUUCAAAGAAUAUGAAGGAAAUUUAAAUGAAUUUGAAAAUAUUCGAGACUUCGAACAUUUAUAUUCAUCGUCAAAUGCAUUAGAUUGGUUUUUUAAUGAAACAUUUCUUUACCGUUUAUUAAUUAGAGCUCUACAUGUAUUUAAUAUUGAAAUUAUUUUUCUUCUAAGAUUUUUUCUUCAAGAUAUUGAACAACAACUAAGAAAUUGUUUAGCAAGUUCUGAAAUAGUUUAUCGAGGACAAUUAAUGACAAAUGAUCAACUUGAAUUUCUUAAUAAUUCAAUUUAUGAAAAAAAUCUUCGAUUUAAUUCAUUUAUGAUUGCUAAUCAAAAUAAAGAACAAGUUUUAAAAUCUUUACUAAAUACUUCAAAUACAAAUGGUUUAAAUCGAGUUUUAUUUGAAAUUGAUUCAAAUCAAAUUGGAAAAAAACAUAAAGAAUUUGUUAUAUUUCCAAUAACAACUUGCUUUCAUAUAACUUCAAUUGAAAUUGACAAACAAAUUCGAAUUGUCAAAAUCAAAGUUUUUAAUACAUACAAAUUGAAUGAGAAGAAAACUAAAAAUUCUUUUCAAUUAGCUCAUCUACUUCGACAUAUUGGUCGAUUAGAUCAAUCGGAAAAAUUAUUUUAUCUUUUAUUAGAUCAAUAUCCAUCAUUAAAUUUUCAGUCUUACGAUGGACUCGGCAGAAUUGCACAAGAUAAAGGUUUAUAUGAACUUAGUUUAAAUUUUUAUAUGAAAUCUUUUGAAACAGUUCCAUUUGAACAUCGCGCUCAUUGUUUAAAUAACAUUGGAUGUGCAUAUGACUAUUUAGAAAAAUAUGAAGAUGGUCUGCAAUAUUAUGGCGAAGCAUUAACAUUAAUGACAACAGAUCUCGAUCAAGCAAUGUGUCUUAGUAAUAUGGGUAUAACAUAUGCUAAAAAUGAACAAUAUCAACAAGCACUUCAAUGUUUUCAACAAUCAUUAUCGAUAAGAGAAAGAAAAUUAUCUGAAAAUCAUGUUGAUAUAGGAAUAUCUUAUACAAAUCUUGGCGUCAUUUGGUCGACAAUGGGUGAAUUAGAUCAUGCAUUUGAACAUUUUAAUUUAGCAUUAAAAUCAUUUUCGGUAAAUGAUUUUGAAAUAUUUCGAGCUAUUGUUUAUCAAAAUAUGGCAAAAAUAUUUCAAGAAAAAACACAAUUUGACCGAGCAUUAACUUUUUAUCAAGAUGCAGAAAAACUUUUUCAACAACAUCGAUCUAUUGAUCAUCCAAAUCUUAUUUAUAUUCAACAACAAAUACAACAAUUAAAGCAACAACAAUAA